AUGCACUUCUUCACCCUCGCCAUCGCUAUCUUCGCAACCAGCACCCUCGCGGCCCCGGCCCCAGCCGCCAUCAACCCGGACUGGAUGGGAGGCAUUCUGAACAUCCUCAACAGACCCCAUGGCAAGGUCAGCGCUGAAGCUAGUGCUAGCCCUGCCAGUUCCAGUGUCGCUUUGGGUCCUACUCCCAGUCCCACUGUCGGCACCAUUGUCCCGCUGCUGCGUGCAAGGGUAUCAUCACUAUUGUUGGUUGUUGCGCGGGAUACGAAUGAGUUGAAGAAUGCAGAGAGCGGAGGACAGGCGCAAAAGUCUCGGUAG